ACAGCCAUUCAGUCAUUCCAGAAUAGCUCGCGACACCGGACGCAUGCUCAGACGUCGCGAAUAAAUAGUUCGUGAAAUUUACAUGUACUAUCGCGUAGGUUAUUAGUUACAUAAAAUAUAAUGACCAAUACAAAUGCGGAAGAGUGGAUACGAGCGCCCCCACCGUCGGGACCGCUGUGGCAAAGAUGCGCCAAAAUUGUGUACGAUCCCGCUGAAGGCAGUUUCCUGGGUCGAACGCCUAAGAGAUGGGGUAUCGUGGUCACGUUUUACCUGGUGUUCUACGCGGUGCUGGCAGUCCUGUUCGCCGUGUGCAUGGGCGGGCUGUUCCUCAGUCUGGACCCGAACAAACCCACUUAUACCCUGAGUAGCUCGCUUAUAGGGGCUAAUCCCGGUUUGACGUAUCGUCCACUCCCUUGGAAGGGAACUAUAUUGCAAUACAGUACGGACAAAGAGAACUCCACUGAUAUGUACAUAAGAGAGCUUGAAGAGAUCAUGGAAAUGUAUUCGCAUGAAACAUGGCGCGCGACAGUCACUGAAUGUACGAGCGACGACAGCUUCGGACUCCCAUACUCGCCGUGCAUUUUUAUCAAGUUAAAUAAGAUAUUCGACUGGGUGCCAGAAUACUACGACGACGCCAGCAACUUACCCGCUGACAUGCCUGAAGACCUUCAGGAUCACAUCAGGAGUUACGACCAGGCAAAGCUCAAACAAGUGUGGGUUUCGUGUGCUGAAGAAGGCUCCAGUACGAAUUCAAGCAGAAUACAGUACCCGUGGGGCAGGGCGCUGCUGGGCAGGUAUCCGUUCCGGAGCCAAGUCGACCACCCGAGUCCGAUACUGGCUGUGAAGUUAACGCCGCCAGUGAACACUCUAUACACAGUUCGAUGCAGGGCGUGGGCUAAAAAUAUAAUUUACAACAAGAGCUUGAAGGACGCCUCCGGGUACACUCGGGUCCAGAUCCACAUAGAGGGCAACACGGCACCCGUCACUGAAGACCCAGAGUCCGUUGCGACAUAACAUACAAGCCAUACAACCCGGUUUCGCGCGGGUGAAAUUAUAUGUUUCUACUUAUUUAAAAGAUAUAUUAAGAUGUAUUUGUACAUAUAAAUCACACAGUAAAAUACCAGUUUAAUCAAUAUUAAAGUCCGUUGUGUUGUAUAGAGGAUGUAAGGUGGAGAAAUAGACAAAUGCGACUUUGUUUUAUACAAUAUAGAGAUUAAUUUACAAUGACCUGUACGGAAAAGGGACAUUUUGUCUGCUGAUAAAAUUUCUUUUUACACGUGACGUGAGACAAUCCUCGGCGGACAUUUUUGUUCGGUCACAGUGGAACAUUAAAAAUAGCAUGCUGUACAAGAUUUUGUCCACGCUUUGUGUGUGUAGUCGUAAUAUAUAUAUGUAUAUUAUUAAAUUAGUGAUCUUACCCAGCUUCGCACGAGUGGACAGAAUUUUCCAAAAUCAAUACAUAUAACAAAAAAAAAAAGUUUCAGCCGAAUCAACUGAUCGGUUUUUUUUAAAGCAUUUUGCAUGUGAUUCUUUAGAUUGAUAUAACUUUUUCACUUAUGAACCGAUUAAAAUAAAAUAAACAGUAAAUGUUAAGUGGAGCAAACUGUAACGCAUUAGUGAAAACCGCAUUCAAAUCGGCUAAGCCGUUAUGGGAUUAGCAUGCACGAACGUACAGACAUAUAGACAAAUAGACAAAAAUUCUAAAAAUCAUUAUUUUGGGUUUUACUGCGUUCAUAAAGCCCCCCCUUAUAAAAUAGUUUUUCUUAUGUAUCUUUCAUGGAUAGACAGCGAUCAGUUACUAUUUUAUUAUAUGUAUUGAUUACAUAAUUAUGUAAUAGAGACCAUUCUAUUUGUUUAUGAUAGAAAAAAAUCUAUUUUUUUUUUAUUGUACAUAGGUAUACCAAAUGAAAAUCAGUAUUUGUACUUAAAAUUAUGGCGUUCGAAUUUUUUGUAUAGAAAAAUAUGUGUGAAUAUGAAAUAAUUACAUGAAAUGAUUAUUUGAAAAAGCGAAUAUUAUUUUAAUAAUUUUUUGCAGAUAGAGUACUUAUAUAUAUUUUUUUUUUAUAAUCGGUGAAAAUAAAAUGGUCACCAAACAGGGGCACCGACAAGUAAGGGAUGAUAGGUGACGAUGAAAACAGCUCAGUUAGCCCAUCGUGACGAAUUCCACUAGAAUUAACCACGAUGGUUUCCAGGGGGAACCGCGUGGAGUUCCACCUGAUGGGUGUAUUGCUAGCAAUGGGGCAGUUGGGCCCCAUUACACAAUAACUAUAUAAUAACAUUUCCUUGCCCCUCGCCUAUAUCUAUUAUAAAUCGGUAGUCUUAAAUCUUGUGUUCAAAAUUUUUGAAAAGUAAAUUGUAAAUGAAAUUAUGAAAUUUUCGAAAUUCGAAUAAAAUAUAAUAAAGUUAUUGUAGCAACAUUUGGAAUGUAAGAUUAUUAUGUAAAAUGUCAAAGUGAAAUGUUUAAAAAGUUUUUUUUUUUAAUUUUAAAAGUUUUUACCCUCUUCAAGUACAUCAGUCCUAUUGUACUAUUGUGUCAACUCAUGUCUAGUUCAAAACUGUUUGAAAAUAUUUACGUUAAUAUCUACCUACAUAAGUAUUUCAAGGUGCGACCACGUAUGAGAAUUUUCAGAAAUAAAAUUAAUCAAAUUAUAUCGACGAUGGUAUGUCACUAUUACAGAAUGUUAUAAAAAGUAUUUAUAAAAAGUCGUCAAGCUUGCACAAGUUCGUACUUUUUUUUACAGUAAUUAGGCUGUGGGGUUUUGAGGUAUCAGUUCCUUUUGGGAAAGGGGUUUCUUGUCCAAAACAGUUUGAGAAUCUAUGAUACUAAUUAUCGUGUUAAUUCCCUUUUUUUUUUGUAAAUAUUCAAAUAUUGAUAAAUGUUUAAUCGUUUUUAUAGAAUAAAUAAUGCAGACGUUUCCUCACAUAUACAUGUGUAGGUACAAACUAAAUUAGUAAAAUGUAGUUAGUUGAAGUGUAAUUUUGGUAGUGAGGUUAAAACAAAUUAUAUUACAUUAUUCUAAGCAACUGGUUGACUAAAUAUUUACCUUAUCGUGUUGGAUAUUUAUUUAUUUAUUUGUUACAAAUUACGAUAACAGUUUGCGAACAGAAAUGAGCAUGCCAUCAAAUUACCAAAGGGAGACUUUGUACAAAAGUUGUUUGCUUGUGUACCUCUGUCCCAUUCGUUUUUCAACUGUAAAGCAGUUGUGUUUGCAUGGCUGUGUUUCGGUUUGAAGGGUUGGAUAUGGCGUGAAUUUACUGGGUACAGAGGAAUAACAUCUGAAUCCUCAGGAAUGGCAAUGCAUGGAGGGUAUCAUGGGUGAAACAGUAUACUCUGUUAUGUCCAUGGUACUGCUUAUGUCUAUAGGCGACGGUUACCACUUUCCAUCAGGUGGGCCGUUAGCUUGUUUGCCAUUCAAUAAUUAUAUAAUAAUAAUUUCAUGAAAAAAAAUAACCAAAGUUUGUUAACCUUAUAUACUAAACAUCUGUAGCAGUAAGUUAGAAGAAAACGUUAUAUGCUUUAAUAUUGUAUUUAAAUGACAUUUAUCUUUUAUUUUAGUUAUUAUAAAAUUAAAUAAUAUUCGUACAUGUAAAAAUAAUGAUAUGUACUUAUUUAGUAAAAAAUAAAAUUGUUUUCCACAGAAACACUGACAUCAAU